AUACAUGGACGCGCGUGCCCUAAGUUGACUAUCGACCGACGACGUGCGGGACUAUCUAACCAGCGCCCGUCUGACAUGGCGCCCAUGUAACUGAAAUCCAAAAUCGUUCCGUGUCGCGAGUUUUAAGAAAAGUACAGUGAUCAAAUUUAGAAGGGUGAAAAUGGCGAUGUCGAAUCUUUACUCGAAAAUAUCAACGAAGCCGAUGAAGCGGUUCCAGGACAACGUCACAGUCAAGCAAACUCUUCCAUGGUUGCUAAACGCGGAAUCGCUUCCUGUCCAUCAAUCAAUUCCUGUAUCAGAUUCACCACCCACUGUAAGCCCAUUAUCUUCUUCUAUCGUGUUGCAACGUGAAGGAAUGAUAAAUCAGCCACUUAGUGCACCUGCAUCGCCUCUAUCUUCCUUAUCAUCUCCCAUAACACAACUGAAUCUGUCGUCGCCCGAAGACUGUACUCAGGAUCCUAAUUGGCAAGCAACAAAACCCACGGUUCGCGAACGAAAUGCUGCCAUGUUCAACAAUCACUUAAUGGCCGAUAUUAUAUUUAUUGUUGGCAGUCCAGGUCACACACAAACGAUACCAGCACACAAGUACGUUUUAGCAACUGGUAGUUCUGUAUUUUAUGCUAUGUUUUACGGUGGAUUAGCUGAGAAUAAAAGAGACAUAGAAGUACCAGACGUAGAGCCAGCUGCUUUCCUCGCUCUAUUGAGGUACAUGUAUUGCGACGAAGUACAAUUAGAAGCAGACACUGUCUUAGCAACGCUUUACGUUGCUAAAAAAUAUAUAGUCCCUCAUCUAGCAAGGGCCUGUGUUAAUUAUUUAGAGACAAGUUUAACGGCAAAGAAUGCAUGUUUACUUUUAAGCCAGUCACGUUUGUUUGAAGAACCAGAUCUUAUGCAACGUUGCUGGGAAGUUAUAGAUGCUCAAGCAGAAAUGGCAUUGAGAUCAGACGGUUUCGUGGAUAUUGAUAUUCAUACACUCGAAUCAGUGCUUUCCCGAGAAACAUUAAAUUGUAAAGAAAUACACAUAUGGGACGCUGCUUUAAGAUGGGCUACUGCGGAAUGUAUCAGGCAAGAACUAGAACCCACGGCAGCAAAUCAAAGACAAUUAUUAGGAUCUGCUUUGUAUUUAAUUAGACUUCCUGCUAUGAAUCUGGAAGAAUUCGCCAAUAGUGCUGCCCAAACCGGAAUCUUAACGCAGCAAGAAACGAUCGACGUUUUUUUACAUUUCACUGCUAGCAAUAAGCCACAACUUUGCUUUCCUAUUAAACCUCGGCAAGGUUUAAAAACUCAAGUCUGUCACAGGUUUCAAUCGUGCGCGUACAGAUCAAACCAGUGGCGUUACAGAGGCAGAUGCGACUCGAUUCAAUUCAGCGUUGAUAAGAGAAUUUUUGUAGUUGGUUUUGGUCUCUAUGGAAGCUCGUCCGGUGCUGCAGACUAUAAUGUUCGAAUCGAACUUAAAAGAUUGGGAUGCGUGUUAUCCGAGAACAGCACGAAAUUCUUCUCGGACGGUUCUAGCAGUACAUUUCACGUAUACUUCGAGAACCCGAUUCAAAUCGAACCAGAAUGCUUUUACACGGCUAGUGUUAUAUUAGACGGCGGCGAAUUGAGUUACUUCGGCCAAGAAGGGAUGUCAGAGAUAACUGUGGGUAAUGUAAACUUCCAAUUUCAAUGCAGUUCGGAAAGUACGAAUGGGACCGGUGUACAGGGAGGGCAAAUACCUGAACUGAUAUUCUACGGCCCGCCAGUAGAUGACUGACGGAAAUUUACCGCCGAGAUAAUGGUUUAACUGGUGGCUCUCGAAAUGUAAUAAUGUUCCUUGAGAUCUUUCAAGGUUUUGUAUGAUCAUCAUGUUAUGUACUAUUUUUUAAGUAGAUGAAAAAUGUUGCGCAAUAGACGCACUCUUGAAUGUAUCGAA